GCUCUUUAGUGUUGGGUUUAUUCUUGAGGUACAUGGCUGUGUGUGUCCUCGUUCUGUGUUAUAGCCAAGUAUCCCAUUAUACAACAACAGAUAUCAACAAAGUUUCCGUUGGAGCGCUGUCGCAUGGGAGUCAAGCUCCCCUGGAAAGCAUAAGGAAUUAAAGGAAUUGACUGGACUUCGCCGAAUGCAAUUGGGAAUUCAACCUGACUUGCGAGGCAGUGAGGCGUCAUGAUGUGGAGAGACGUGGGAGUAACACUGAUACUGUCACUAAUCCUGCCUGUGGUUGCUCAGGGAGCACGCCACACCCCCCCAGGAAAGCCCAAGCUGACCAGCUGUAGGUCCCCAGAUAAGGAGACCUUCACCUGCUGGUGGGAGGCAGGCUCUGAUGGGGGGCGACCCACCACCUACUCCCUCUUCUACCACAAAGAGAACUCUGAAACAGUCUAUGAGUGUCCAGACUACCAUACAGCAGGGGCCAACUCCUGUUUCUUCAACAAGAAUGAAACAUCCAUCUGGGUCAACUACAACAUCACUGUAGUGGCCACCAACGCCCUCGGCAACAACUUCUCUGACCCUGUGGAUAUAGAUGUGGUCUAUAUAGUCCAGCCACACACACCAGAGAACGUGACGGUAGGGGUGUUGGAGGACAAAGAUGGUCCCUUCCUCAGGGUGUCAUGGGAACCGCCCCGUAAGGCCGACACACGUUCCGGCUGGAUCACCCUCAUCUAUGAGCUCAGGGUCAAACUGGAGGAGGCGGAGGAGUGGGAGGAGCACCGCGCAGGCCAGCAGAAAAUGUUCAACAUCUUCAGCCUGCACUCUGGUGGUGUCUACAUGGCGCAGGUCCGUUGUAAGCCAGACCACGGCUUCUGGAGCGAGUGGAGCACCGCCAGCUAUGUCAUAGUUCCAGACUACAUCCCCCGGGAACGAUCCAUGUGGAUCCUGAUAGCCGUCUUCUCUGCCUUCAUCUUCUUGAUUCUCACAUGGAUUAUCACCUUGAACAGAAGCAGUGUGAAGCACUGUCUACUACCUCCCGUUCCUGGACCUAAAAUAAAAGGAUUUGAUCAACAGCUUCUCAAGAAGGGCAAGCCAGAAGAGGUAUUCAACUCCCUGGUAGUCCAAAGUUUCCCUCCGAGGUCUACUGACUACGAGGAUCUGCUGGUGGAAUACCUGGAAGUGUACGUCAACGAGAAACAGGAACUGAUGCCGGAGGGAAAAGACCUCCAAGAUGUUGGCUGCCUCAAGUCCAAGAGCCAGUCGGACAACGACUCGGGCCGGGGCAGCUGUGACAGCCACACCUUGCUGAUGGAGAAGUGUGGAGGUGUGGAGUCCAAGGACGAGUCGAGCUACGAGGAACCCGAGCUACUGCAAGGCCAGGCGGGGUCUUGGGAGAGGCUGGAGAGGGGAGACAGCCAGGUGGUGGACACCCCAGAUUCAUCAGAUGGGAGGGUUAAGACCUGGCCAUUAGUCUUCUCCCCGUCGAUCCAUGGAUCCUCCGACAACCACCACUAUGGUACACUUGAGAUGCCCAAGCAGCACAGCACAAGUGAGAUAACAUACAGCGUCCCAGAUCAUCUCUUCGCCACAUCCACCUCCUUUCCCCACCACCACCACCCAGAGUACAGAGACAGCCUGGGAGAGUACAGCGAGUACCGUCGGAGCAGAUCCCCAUCCACUGGAGUUGCAUACCACUGGGAGGCCCAGCACCACCCCCAGGCCCACAGCAACUUCAAUAUCCGCAAUCUGGAGCGCCAGAAAGAAGCCACGGGGCUUGGGCUGCCCCCCUCCCGGUCCAUGGAGUACGUAGAGGUCCAGAAAGUGAACCAGGAGAACCAGCUGGUCCUGAAGCCCCUCUCCAGCCACGGCCGGGACCCCUUCCAGGUGCAGUUCGGCAGGGCCGGGGUGGACUACAGUAAAGUCAACGGGGUGAACAAUGACAACGUGCUCUUGCUGCAGAGGCAGAGGGAGAUGGCUGAGGCUGGGCAGUACUGUGACUACCGGGAGAAGGAGGGGGCUGAGGCUGAGAGAUAUCCCACACAGCAGCAGGGCAAGACGACCAAAGAUGGACCUGUAGCUACCCAGCUCCAGGAGAGCACGUGCCUGACCACCAGCGGCUAUGUGGACACUGCCCCCACGAUGCCCACCUUCUAGACUAAUCUACCCUGCAUGAGGGUCUGAAAGACAGUCUGUGUGCUAAACUCCCUGCUCCUCCUGUAGUCACGAGCUGGGUUGUGACGUCACACAGUUAGACAGUCUGUGUGCUAAACUCCCUGCUCCUCCUGUAGUCAUGAGCUGGGUUGUGACGUCACACAGUUAGACAGUCUGUGUGCUAAACUCCCUGCUCCUCCUGUAGUCACGAGCUGGUUUGUGACGUCACACAGUUAGACAGUCUGUGUGCUAAACUCCCUGCUCCUCCUGUAGUCACGAGCUGGGUUGUGACGUCACACAGUUAGACAGUCUGUGUGCUAAACUCCCUGCUCCUCCUGUAGUCACGAGCUGGGUUGUGACGUCACACAGUUAGACAGUCUGUGUGCUAAACUCCCUGCUCC